UUAAAUAAGUAAUGGCGAUGAUGAUGAUAAGUAACAUAAAGAAAAAGAGAGAAGAGACAGAAAUUAAGCAAUAAAACAACCUCAAUUCGAAGAGCCGUUACAAAGGUAACGGUACAUCGCGCCUGUCAACCGAACCGCGCAAAUUUGUUUAAGUGUGUUUGUCAAGUGUCGUCUGUUUAUUUAUUAUUUUAAUCCAGUUCGUCGUCGAUAUUCAAGUGCAAUAUGUUUAAAAUGUUAUUAGUUUGGAAGGAACUCUCAUAAAUGGGCCAAGUGCUUCAGAAUGAGGAAAGAUGAUUUUUAAUUUGAAGAAGUCCGUAUGUCAUUCACCAUGGAUCCUGCCAGAUGCCAAGGUGAUGCUCGACGUCACAAGUUUUUGGGAAGGUUUGCAAUCCCUGUGCAACCAUGUAAGAUGACAAAUAAGGGCCACUCCUCCUCCUCCUCCGUAAGAACACUUUUUAUGAGACCUGCAAUUGAAACACAAGAUGUGCAUAAGUCACCUAAUAACCAGCCCUUGAAUGAUGAAUGUUUGUUUGGGGAUUCAUUCUGCGAUAGUGAAAUCUUAGAAGGAUUAGAUAAGAUAGAGGCACAGUAUCCAUCUAAAAAGCCAACAGGUUCCAGUAAACCGCUGAAAAGUGCAGGUUGCUCCAAUUUUAAUUUAAAUGGCAAUGCAUCAGAUAAAAAGACGAGAAAAUCACCAAAGAGCCAUGUGUCACAUACAAAAGAUAAUCCUUUGCAUAUGGCAGUGAAUGAAGCUGACAAAUUUCCCAGGGGUAAUACCACAAAAGAUCAGUCUGAGUUUGCUCUGAUUGGAAAUGAAACCCUCAAAGCCAUAGAUGCGAUGGAUUUUGACAAUUCCAUUGAUGAGAUUGUGUCUCCAGGAGAUGAAAACCAAGUUGUUAAGCCUCUUGCGAUUGCCAUUACUCCCUUGCGUAAUCGAAGUAAGAGGAAGGUGUCGUCAAACUCCAAGUUAGCUAACAUUCGACGAUCUCAGAGGCUAAAGGUAAAAUGGGUGAUUCCCAAAGCAAAUGGGGAUUCUGCUUCCACUGUGUCCAAUGUAGAGCAUCAUGAACGGAAUGAGAUAUCUAGAGGAAAGUUUAGUAAAUUUGAGAAAACAAUAUUGAAUAAUCAACAGACUUUGGAGCCUCCCAGUGCAGAAAGUAGUUUUGUAAAUGGUGAUAGCCUAAAUAAAUUCCUAUUUGAUAGUACCCCAGAGGAAUUGUCUGCCAAGCCAGUUGGGAAGUUGAAGCCAAGUGAUCCUGUCAGAGCAGAAAAGGAUCUUUGCAUUUUCCAGAGUUUAGUCAAAACUUCACCACCUAUGCAGAACAAUUGUGUAUUUAGUAAACAGCCUGCCUUGGAGAUAAGGGAUCAUGAAACCAAAAACUGUGAGAAUAGAAAGGAUAAUUGUACACCACUGGAAACAAAUGGUAUAUUUCCUCAGGCAUUGGAGAGUAACGGCAGUUCUUUAAAAGGCAAAUUAGAUAGUAAAAAUUCAAAUAUGAAGAAAAUGAUUGUUGGUAACAACAGUAAAGAGCUGGAGUUCAGUAUAUCAGAACAAUCAAUUGGCUGUAGAGAUAAUAGUCAUAACAAGGAAUUAAACAAAGCUGGAUCUGUUUUGAAAGCUGCGGGACAUGAUAAGGCUUCUUGCACAGAACAAUCUCAAGCCCAGAGUGAAUUGAAAGCAGGAAACAAUGCAUCUUCUGCAAAGAUAUUGGCAAUGGAAUGCUCAACUGGUAUCAGAAAAUACACUAGAUUUCAUACUCCUGUAAAUUCGGGUAGAAUCAAGAAACCUACCAAGUUAGAAUUACGCGACACAGGUGACUUAGGUAAGAAUACCACAAAGUCAGAGGUUCAGAGUGAAACAUUUCACAAGGCAGGAGUCAUACCUGUUCAGGAGGGUGAUGAAAAUUUAGUUGUGCUUUUAGAGAAACAAAAUUCUGACCCACCGCAUCACUUCACUGAACGUACUACUCUCUCAGAGAACAUUGCAGAGCCUGGCAUAAAUGCUGGAGACUCGCCCAAUGAACCACAAAGAAAGUCAAUCCUUAAUGCAUCGGUUAAUAUUAGCAAGGGUGAACGCAGCUUUCUGUCAACUCAAGCUAAGAUGGACUUAGCAUCUUGGGGUUUACCAGAGCCUGUGUUUCAGCGCUAUAUCGAAAAUGGAAUCAGGACAAUGUUUCCAUGGCAAGCUGAAUGUUUGAGUUUACCUGAUGUUUUGGAUGGCAAAAAUCUAGUCUACUCUGCACCAACUUCAGCAGGUAAAACAUUAGUAUCAGAGUUGCUGCUUCUUAAAAGAGUUUUAGAAACUGGACGUAAGGGGCUCUACAUUUUGCCUUUUGUGUCUGUCGCAAGAGAAAAGAUGUACUACUUGCAGAAAAUGUUUAGUCCAGCAGGUGUACGAGUGGAAGGGUUUAUGGGAUCUCAUGGCCCCCCUGGAGGACUAAAAGUAACUGAUGUUGCUAUUUGUACAAUUGAGAAGGCUAAUAAUCUCGUGAACAGGUUGCUAGAGGAGAAACGCUUCGCGGAGUUAGGGAUUAUAGUAGUUGACGAAAUUCACAUGUUGGGUGACCCACAUCGAGGCUAUUUGCUAGAACUCCUGCUAACAAAAACUAUGUUUGUAUGUCAGACUGCUCAUGCAUUACAGGAAGAGGGUAACUCUGGCAUACAGAUAGUUGGUAUGUCAGCAACUCUCCCAAACUUGGAUUUGUUGGCGUUGUGGCUAAACUCUCAGCUUUACAGCACAGAUUACCGUCCAGUUCCCCUUGCUGAAAGGGUCAAGAUUGGAAAGACUGUAUUUGACUAUCAGUUCAGGAAGUUUCGAGACCUUGAUCCUGUGCUAACUGUGAAAGGUGACAGUGACCACUUGAUUCAGCUUUGCCUUGAGACUGUUUUGGAAGGAUUCUCUGUCUUAGUCUUCUGUCCUACCAAAGUGUGGUGUGAAAAACUGGCAGAAAGUGUUGCCAAGGAAUUUUUCUGCAUUGGCAAGCUUGAUAGCCAGUAUCCAAGUCACAUCAGUGCAAAGUUACGAGAGUCUCUUAAUUCCACUGGGAUCACCAAAGUGAUUGAAGCUCUACGGAAAUGUCCAGUUGGGCUUGAUAAAGUAUUGGGGAGGUCAGUCUCAUUUGGGGUUGCAUACCAUCAUGCAGGUUUGACAUUCGAUGAACGUGACAUUGUGGAAGGUGGUUUCCGCAAUGGUUCAGUACGUGUUCUUGUGGCCACCUCUACUCUCUCCUCGGGGGUGAACUUGCCUGCACGACGGGUCAUUAUCAGGUCACCAGUUUUUGGAGGGUCAAUUCUGGACACACUUACAUAUAAACAGAUGAUUGGUCGAGCUGGAAGGAAAGGAGUAGACACUGAAGGUGAAAGCAUACUGAUAUGUCGUGAAGGAGAGAAACAGAAAGCCCAGACUCUGUUGGCAUCAACACUGCCACCUAUAAUGUCAUGCUUACAGCAAGAUUCAUCCCUGACAUCCAGUAUGAAGAGAGCAGUUUUAGAGGUUAUUGUCAGUGGAGUUGCAGCUGGUCCCUCAGAGGUGGCAAGAUAUUGCAGCUGCACACUUCUUGCUGCAUCACUAAAGAGGACAGCUUCAGAAUCACAGCAGGAUGCACAGAAUUCAAUUUUAUCCUGCGUGCAGUUCUUAGAAGAAAAUGAAUUCAUAAGAUUACAGGAAACUGAGGUGGGUAUGAAAUACAUUGGAACUCAGUUAGGAUGUGCCGUUCUAGCAUCUGGCCUCUCACCUGAUGAAGGUUUGCUCGUGUUUAGUGAACUCCAUCGGGCAAGGCAAUGCUUUGUCCUUGAAAAUGAACUACACAUCAUUUACCAGGUAACGCCUGUGUAUGUGAGUUCAGCUUGGCCAAAUAUGGAUUGGCUGACUUUCUUAAGCAUAUGGGAAAGUCUCUCAGACGACAUGAAACGUGUUGCAGACUUGGUAGGAGUAGAAGAGAGCUUCAUUGUGAGAGCAAUGAAAGGCACCAUCAACAGAAAGGUUCGGCGUCAGGCAAAACUGCUAGCUGUACAUCAGAGGUUCUACACAGCACUGGCUCUCCAUGAACUUGUUCAAGAGGUUCCCCUGAAUGUGGUUGCUCAGAAAUAUGCUGCCACUAGGGGUAUGCUGCAAUCUCUUCAGCAGUCAGCUGCAACAUUUGCAGGAAUGGUGACUGUGUUCUGUAAUCGUUUAGGUUGGCACAAUCUUGAAUUAUUAGUGUCCCAGUUUCAUGACAGACUGCACUUCGGUAUUCAGCGAGAAUUGUGUGACUUGGUGAGGCUUUCUUCCAUUAAUGGUCAACGAGCAAGAUAUUUAUAUAAUGCAGGAUUAGAAACUGUGAACCAGGUGGCCCAUUCAUCAAAGGAAGAUGUGGAAAACAUUUUACAUGCAGCUACUCCAUUUCAAAGUAAUAAGAUGGAGGAAAAGGAGUCCAAAUCUGGAGGAACUAUCUGGUUGUCCUCAAAUCGGCCCCUUACAGAAGAUCAAAUUGCUGCUCUUAUUGUAGAAGAAGCUCGGCAGCUGGUUCAGAAAGAAUUGGGUCUUUCUUCCAUCGAUUGGACUCAAAGGCAAAAAGUAAUUACUACUCCAAAUCGUUGCCCAAGGCCUCGCAAAGGAUCCAGCUCAUCUAAACGAAGAAGUUCUAGUGCAAGAAGGAAAUAUUCUCCUCCCAAUCCUCUAUUGCAAGCUGAAAGUGCAGCUGGGAUAAAUGUUAUAUCUCCAAUGUUAUUAAAUAGGACAGUUGCAUCUGCCAUGACACCUUUGCAUAGAAAGAGAAGCAGGAGCAGCCCUCAAACUAUCACCAGCUUACACAAAAAAUCUAGAUUAAUGACGUCAGGUACAGAGGUUGAAAAAGUAAAACAAAAUGCUCCUGAAGCUAAAGAAAGCACCCAGUUAGCAUUGGAAUCGAAAGAGGUUGUGACUCGUACAAAUUAUGCAGAAAUUCAUGCCUCAGAGGAUGGUAAGGAAAAUCUUCAUAAUGUCAAGAGUGGAGAGACUACAAAAGAAGUUUCCAAUAGUAAUCAAAGGACUCCUACUCAGCUGCUUCCAAAUGAAAAAUCAAUUUUCCAGAAACCUCAUGCCAAUGGCUUUUCAAAUGCUGAGAAAGUUGAUGUAGAUAACUUUCAAGGUCAUGAAUAUGUGCUACAUGAAGUAAAUUCUGAUUCAAAAGAGUUCAACUUCAGGUCAAAUGAAAAGGAAAGAAAGGAUGCAAAGGGCAAGCCAAAGAAUAGACACUGGAAAGAAAACCAGUCAAAACAAAUGAGCAGAAAAGACAGUCAGAAAGAGAAUGCAAAGCCCCCAGAAAAAAAUGAAGUUCAGGCCGAAAUUCAGCAUUGUGCAGAAGUGAACAAGUCUUUGAAUAAUCAAGUAGAAGACAGUAAUAACACUGUGGCUAAAAUUACUGCAAGAGGGAUUUUGUUUGGGAGAAAUAAUUUAAAAACUGAUGAUGAGUUUGCUGAAAAGGAUGUCAGACCAACAUCAUUUUACGUAUCAGAGUCUCAAGAUGAUAAAAUAGAUGUGUUUUCCCGUACACGCAAAGCUAAAGCAAAAAAAAUAUUUCAGAUUGUAAAAUGUGAGCAGUCCAGUAAUAACAAUGAUAAUUUGCUCAAUCAAGACAAAAAGUAUCCUCCAGAUACAAGAAUUACUGAUGAUCAAGAAUGUAUUAUUGAGAUUGGAAACAACCAAAAUACUAAUUCUUCAGCAUCAACAAACCAAAAAAGUCACAUUACCAAAAAGAUUCAUGAACUUUCUUAUACUGAAGAUUCAGAGAGGACAUUUAAAAAAGCAAAAAUUAUUAAUUCAAGUUCAACUCCAAUUACAGAUAGUGAUGAAAGGUUAUUGAGAGUGACAUCAUUCCAGGGACGCAACCAUCUUUCUGUUGUGAAUUCAAAUGAAGAUUUGAGCUUUGAAGGGACUGAGAGAAGCAAUAGCCACAGUAAACAGAAGAUUGACUCUGCUGUGAAAGAAAAGCGGGACAGAGAGCGUGAUUUAUUUAAAGACUCUAGUUUUGAAAAAGUAGGUGAAGGAUCCUGUCAGCCAGAUGGCAUAGAUUUUCUUUCAGAGUCUCAGAAAGAAGCCUUUUUGAUGACCAUGAAUUCCCAGGACUUUGACACGGAAUCAUGUAGAUUUGACCUCUCGAAAGAUGAGAAACAAUGUAAUGAAUCUUGUUUUGAUAUUGCGUGCAGUAAAAGAAGCUAUGAAGCACUCCUUGAUUCAGAAAUAAGGAAAAAGACUCAGCAGCUUAGACCUAUAGAUGAUUUAGGAGGUUCAUCCUUAACUGAGAUGUUCAAUCAGGAAUGUGUUGAAGACCAUAAAAAGGUUAACCCGUGUCUGUUACCAAAAUAUCACGCUUGUGAGGAAGAUCUUGGGUGGGAACUUGAUCUAAGCCCUCUAGAGGAUGAUGGUCACAGGGAUAAAGUAAAUGGAAGAGAAAUUUUGAGUUCUCAUGGUUCUGAUACUGAAAUUACUGAAGGUCAGGGCAGUCCUUUGAAGAAGAAUGACUCAACUAAGCCAAGAGAAAGAUUACCUUCAGGUGACAUGGAUAUUGAUGGUUUGAUACCUCUAGAAUUGGGCCAAAGCAUUUGUGACUUACAGGAUUCAGAUUGUGAAAAAAUCAAUGCAGGAAAUGAUAGUCUCUCAGAUUCCUUUUUGGACAGGGCGUUUGACACUUACCUCAACAUCUCUUCUAGUAGUAUUUUUGAUGUAGAGGAUAGAUCAACAAGUGAAGGAGAAAAGUGUAGCACAAAAGAUGAUGAUAAAACUGAAAAUACAAUGAAAACAGAGACAUUAAAGCUUUUAAAUGUUGAGGAUGACAUGGUAGCUACUUCAAGAAAAAAUAGGCUAUCAGAUGAUUUGUUUUCUUCUAGUGCACUGCUUAGUCAGUCAGACCUGUGUUUGCAGACCACAACAAGUGGAUUAUCAAAGCAAAAUAAUCAUCAACCCAAAGGGGAACUAACUGCUAUUGAUUGUAAGAAAGGAACUUCAGUAUAUGAAACAAAAAGCAAAUAUGAACCCUCUACAUCCUCAGCUAUUAAUGAUGAUCAAACUGCAAGUUCGGAUAUUUCAAAUGUCACUUCAAACUCAUUUUGCAUAAUUGAUGUUGUUGGUGAUGCUCAGUUGUUUGACUGCUUUGCAAACGAAUGGAAAGAGCAGAAGAGGUUUUCGCUUUCGCUGGCAUGUGAGAAACCAACAUCUCAUCCUAAAAAAGGUGGAAUUGGUUGGCGUAUAACGGGACACAGUAGAACUCCCAGAGGCAGUCGAAGCCAAGAAGUAGCAGGGCUUGUUGUCGAAAAUUCCAGUCUCUUUAUUGUUGGGAUGGCAGUGUGCUGGGGAGGACAGGAUGCUUACUAUAUUAAUUUCAAAACCACUCAGGAAGAGGCAAUCAGUUGCAGUUUUCCAACACCACCAAUUUGUGAAAAUGUGUCUUAUGAGAAAAGGAUUGCUAUGGUAAAAGAGGCUUUUGCCAAUGCACAGAACAAGAGCAGUAUUGUAUGCACCUGGGAUGUCAAGACUUUUGUGAAACUGAUUGUUGCAGCAGGAAUCGAGCUGUGGACGCCAAAUUUUGAAGAUCCGAAAAUAGCAUCGUGGAUGCUAGACCCUGGCGCAAAGGAGCAAAACAUCCAUAACUUGGUUGUAAACUACAAGAUGGAUUGUUUGCCGCUGUUGGAGAGUCUCGGAAGCUCGUGGGGUCUGUCAAGCCUGGGUGUCAAUACCAAUAAUCCUGGAUCGUGCAGAGUGAGGGCAGCAACUGAAUGUGUUGUUGUUUAUCACCUUACAGCUGCUUUGAAGCUGCAGCUGAAAGAAGUAAACAUGCUUCACUCUUAUGUUAAUGUAGAGAUGCCUAGUGCAGUUGUGUUAUCCUAUGUAGAGCUAUCUGGAAUGGGUUUUAGCAAUCGUGAGUGCGAAGUACAAAAGGCUGCGAUGCAGGAAAAGAUGGCAUCAUUAGAACACGAGGCUUACUCAAUGGUUGGUCAUCCAUUCUCCCUGACAUCGCCAGAGGAAACGAGCAAAGUUUUGUAUCAUGAACUUCAUCUGCCAGCACCUCCUGGUCAAGGAACAACAUCCAGGGGUCGAAGAGGCAGAGGUGGUCAAGGAAGUAGAAUGAGUGGCCCAACUAACAAAGAAACAUUGGAAAAACUCCAAAACUUACAUCCUCUUCCGUCUGUAAUACUUCAGUGGCGAAAAAUCAAUUCUUCACUUACUAAGGUAAUUGUUACUGCAUUCUGUAUAGUACUUUUAGUAGUGGAUUAUGUUAUUUGUCCCCUUUUAUAUAAUUUUGUUUCAAGUAAUCCAAAAGGACUAAGUACUCAUCAUUCCUUUUGGUAAUCUAAAUCUGGACUUGAUACUAUACCAUAUGGGUAGAAGGGUAAUAAAUCAAUCAGGGUAAAU